CCACCCACCUCUCCACGAUUUCAGCCACCGGCCAGUCAUCGUCGAACCUACGCAACCGGCGCUCUCCUUUGGAUCCCCACGAUUCGGCCAGCCGAGAGCCUCCUCCUUCCUCUGCCUGCUAUCCCGCGCCUCCGCUUGUUCUUCUCGAGGACCAGCAGAGUUCACGCGCUUCCUCCGCCUCGUCCCUGCCACCGGCAACAGGAGCAGCUCCUGCAUCCCCGACCCCGAGCACCUCCACCGUCGGCGUCUAAGAUGAGCGCCGCCCUGGUUCCUUUUCUCUCCUUCCUCCGGUUCGCUCUUCUCAUCUCCCUCUCUCUCUGCGUUGCAGCAGCAUCCCCGCGCCAUGGAGCUCCAACCCCUGGCCAUGAACACCCGUGCUUCCCCGGCGCCUUGCACGUCCACGCCGCCGGUGACAACAGCAGCAGCAGGUCAUGCCGCCGGACCUCCCCAACCUUGCUGGAGCCCCGCAGGAAACUGCAGGAGCUUCCCGCGCCAUGGCCUCCCCUGCUCGCCGACCGCGUUGUUGUCGUCGUCUUCGCGCCCUUGCAGUCCCAACUUUCCCCGCCGCCUCGUCUGCCUCCCCUGCAUCACACCCCGUCGCCGGGAGCUCGCGCUGAGUCCGCCGUCGUCCUCAUCUCGGGCCAAAUCCGCCGCCGUCCUCUGCUUCGCACGCACGAUCCCGCUGCUGCCUGCUUUGCUCCAUCGAGCAGUGCCACCGCCGGAGUUCCUCGUCGCCGGGAACCGCCUCCCUGACCCUCGGACUGCCCGGAUCAGCCGCGCCGCGGGUCCCCUGCCUCUGCAUCGCGCCUCUGCCCGUCUUCUGCAUCGUCGUGUUCUGCUGCUGCUUCUGUUGGAAACGAGCAGAGGACGAGGCGCCCGCUCCCCCGUGCCUCGCGUUGACCGCGCCCUGCCUCCUCUCGCCUGGGCCAACGCGCUGACUCAAGCCGGCCCACCUCCCUUGCCGCGGCCUGCUGCUUCACCGACCGGGCCGAAGCCCAUGGGUGAGCAGCCCCCUCCAGCCCCUCUAGCCCCUCUCCUGUACACUGUUGGCCCAGCAAGUUUCAGCCCAGUGGAUGUUUUUUCCCGUUCUGCGAAUUUGUC